AUGGUGAGCCUCUGGCUGCGUAGGGCCGCACGGGCGGUGCUGCUGAUCGGCGGCGUCGUGGUCGUGGGACUCCUGACCCAGAUCCUGAUCAGCGGCUUCAUCGCCCCUCAGCUGCUGAUCAAGAGGAUCGUCGUCUAUGGCGACCUUCCGCUUUCGACCGUGGAGUUGAAACGCAUCGCGGGACUUGACGGCACCGAUCACGUGUUCGACGUCGAUACGCAUGCCAUCGCCGCACGGAUAGCCGCGCAUCCGAUGGUGCAAACGGCAUCCGUCCGAACGCGGAUCCCCGGCACGCUGGAGGUCAACGUGGUGCGGCGCCGGCCGCUGGCCAUGUCGCUGGCGACGAUUGACGGCCGGAGCGUGGCGGUGGUGUUCGACGCGUCCGGGGUCGUCAUCGAGGUUGACCCGGCACGAUCGCCGAUCUGCCGAAUCGUGUGGAAACUGUGGGUGCAACAUCUCUCCCGCAUUAUCCUUGGUUGGGCGCGAAAAGCGGUUGUUCACAUCCCCCCCCCCGCCAUGGCGUCGUCCAUCCGGGAUCGGGACUCCAGUCUGUACGGCCUGAUUUCGGAGGUGGUGGUGACCACCACCGACGCGGGGGCGCUCGACCUGUCGUUCUAUCCGAGUAUCUAUCCGGUGGCGGUGCGGUUGGGUCCGCGCAUGGACGUGGAAGCUAUCCGGCAUGCCUUCGUGGCGCUCGACGUGCUCGGCGCCGACGGCAUCUCACACCUGCCGUCGGAGAUCGAUUUCCGCGCCGGUGAGGCCGUCUAUGUCGAGUCGGCUGCGUCACGAUCGCAGGCGGCCGCGCCGCGGGCGCGGUCGGCGGGCGCCUAG